UAAACCUCACGUCCCCAUCCCCUGCCGGGGGGUCGACUAUCGCGGCAAAGUUGUUCUGGCACCCAUGGUGCGGUCCGGGGAACUGCCCGCGCGCCUCCUCGCUCUCAAAUACGGCGCGGAUCUGGUAUGGGGCCCCGAAACCAUCGACCGCUCCAUGAUCGGCACCACCCGUCACGUCCACCCCGUCAGCGGGUGCAUCGAAUUCCGCCGCAAGUCCUCCAACGUCCUCGACGACCCGUCCGCCAAAGAAAGCAUCAUCUACCGCAUCGACCCCGCGCGCGAGGCCGGGAAGCUGAUCUACCAACUCGGCACCGCACACCCAGACACGGCGGUCGCGGCGGCGCUCCUCGUCGCCCCCGACGUCAGCGGCAUCGACGUCAACUCCGGAUGUCCCAAGCCGUUUUCCACCACCGGCGGUAUGGGCGCCGCGCUACUGAGAGACCCGGACCGGCUGUGCGCGAUCCUGACGAACCUGGUCGAGAAGGUUGGAAUCCCGCACGAGAUCGGCAUCUCAGUGAAGAUCCGUAUCUUGGCGACGGCGGAGGAGACGCGCGCGCUGGUGACGCGGCUGGUGGGCACGGGAAUCACGGGGCUGACGGUGCACUGCCGGACGACGCCGAUGCGGCCGCGCGAGCGGGCGAUCCGGGACCAGCUGCGGAUGGUGGCGGAGAUCUGUCGAGAGGCCGGAGUGGCGUGCGUGAUGAACGGGGACGUGUACAGCCGCGGGGAGGCGGUGGCGUUGAUGGAGGAAUUUGGGGCGGACGGGGCGAUGAUCGCGACGGCGGCGGAGAAGGAUCCGAGCGUGUUUCGGAAGGGAGGGGAGCCAGCGGAGUGGAGGGAGAUGGUGGAGUUUUAUAUGGGGGAGGCGAUUCGGGUGCGGAACCGGUGGGGGAAUACGAAGUUCACGUUGGCGCAGAUCGUGCCGGGGAAGAAGGUUAUGGACUUGGGGAUCGCAGGGACGAAGCGGUAUCGGGACGUGGCGGAGGUAUUGGGGUUCGAGCAUCUGAUCGAGGCGGCGGACCGGUUGGAUCAGGAUAUGGGGCUGACGGCGCCGAGAGUGUCGAGGGCGGAUCGAAAGGCAGCGGCGAAGGCGGCGAGGAAGGCGGAGCAAGGGGAGGACGACGAAAGCAAUCAGGCCAAGAGGAUCAAGUUGCCCGAGACGAUGCCUCCUGAGAUGCCGUCGGUCGUGAACGAGAUCAAGCGAACCGAGGCGUUAUUGACUAUGUAGCCAUUUACAUCAUCCGGCGUUCUGGUGCAGCAUUUAUCGGCGUUUAGGUCACGCAUAGCGCUCAAUUCAGAAUGCAAUAGACAGACCACUCAGUCUAUCUGGGAGCAUUCAAACAACUUCUAGUCUAGAUUAUAGCCUUAAUUGGUUUAUCAAUUCCCACUCGCAAUCGCAUCUGAUGUACUCUUGCAUAAUUGGGCCUGGACGCAAAUAGGAUCG